CAUUCCCUGGGAUCACAGCUGUAGAUGUUUGAGUGGGAGGCUGAACACAUUCACACAGACUGAGACAGACAGCAGGAGAGAAGCAGGCAGUUUCAGGAUGCAUAUGAUCGUGGUUAUCACGGCUGGUUUAGGGGUGGUCGCGCUGAUUUUAAGGUUGUUUUCUACUCAGAUCAGAAAGUAUGCAGCAGGAGGAGUGUGUCGAUCCACAGCACGGUUAGAUGGAAAAGUUGUCUUGAUCACUGGAGCAAACUCAGGAAUCGGGAAGGAAACAGCUUUGGAUUUGGCCUUUCGAGGUGCACGUGUGAUUCUGGCUUGUCGUGAUGUGGAGAAGGGCGAAGAGGCGGCCACAGAGAUCCGUACACGAGUAGGUGGAGCUAAAGUGGAGGUGAGGGAACUGGACCUGGCCGACACCUGCUCCAUCCGAGCCUUCGCUCAGAGAUUCCUGCGAGAGGUUGAUCACCUGCACAUACUCAUCAAUAAUGCCGGUAUCAUGAUGUGUCCUUAUAUGAAGACGGCCGAUGGCUUUGAGAUGCAUAUUGGGGUCAAUCAUCUUGGCCACUUCCUGCUCACAUACCUCCUCAUUGGUCUGCUGAAGCGUAGCGCUCCAUCACGGAUCGUGGUUGUUUCUUCCCUGGCACAUAAUUUCGGCUGGAUUAGAUUCCACGACCUGCACAGUCAGGGCAGCUACCACAGCGGCCUUGCCUACUGCCAGAGCAAGUUGGCUAACGUGCUUUUCACACGCGAGUUAGCACGCAGGCUUCACGGGUCAAAUGUGACGGUGAACUCUGUGCACCCGGGGACGGUGAGGUCAGAGCUGUUGCGUCAUUCUACUGUGAUGUCGCUGCUGUUUGCCUUCUUCUCCGUGUUCCUGAAGACCCCAAAGGAAGGAGCUCAGACAUCUGCCUACUGCGCCGUCACUGAGGAGCUCCAGUCAGUCUCAGGCAAACAUUUCAGUGAUUGUGCCCCUGCUUUUGUGGCCCCUCAGGGACGAAAUGAGGAGACGGCACGGAAACUGUGGGAUGUAAGCUGUGAAUUAUUAGGCAUUGAGUGGGACUGAAACAUUCAUUUGACCCGUUUUAUUUCUCUUCUGUUUUUUCCCCAUUUCAUUUUCAGAGAUCUGACUUAUCUUACUUGAUUUUAAGACACUUUCCCAAAUCUUUGCUUUCAGUAGCACAGCCCACCUUGUUCUCUGCUAAUUUUUAUGCUAUCACGAGCAAGCAUGUUUCUUUUGCUCUAGAACAAAUCUGUGAAGCAUUUUAAAUUCACAGUUUUGCACUGUUUUAUUCUGUUUGUAUUUGAAAUGCUGCUUUAACUCCCAUCUCAGUAUUGUCACAUGAAGCUGCAUAUUGAAGUCUUUUAUACAGAUGUGCUUUUAUCUACUGUGGUACAUUCAUGAAUAAAUGAAUAUUUAAAUAUAUACAGUAAAAACAAAAAAAGUA